AUGGCGCCUACAUUGCCACAGGAAAGGUCUACGGAACAUGAGACCAAACCAGCCUCUGAUGAUGAAUUGCACCUGGCCCAAAUCUCAGAUGCUGUGGCCCUCUAUGGCCUCUUUAUUACGACGACGGUAUUUUUGAUAGUACUGAUCACUGGACUAUGUGUUCUCUGCCUGGGUCUAGCCACCACUUUGAGUGGACUGACUUCACUUGGCUUGUUGAUUGUGACUCGGCAUUUCUACGUCACCAAAAGAAGCAAGACCAUCAAUGUUGCCGUGGACGGAAAAGGCUCUCCAGACCUGUCGCACUUGCCAGCUGUCUCAUACUUAUAUGUCUUCGGUUCUGGCGGCCACACCACGGAAAUGGCUGCACUGAUCAAGCUGAGCUUCAAGUCGAACAAGAACCAACAUCGACGAUACAUUAUCACGGAGGGGGACCAGCACUCUCAAAAUCAGGAGAAGGCCCUCGAGAGCUUGAUAGAUCAGUCCUGUGGUGGUGAAGCUGCCGGUACAUACGACACUAUCAUUGUGCCCCGGGCACGGAAAGUCUACCAGUCCUAUGCGUCGUCAAUCUACACCUCUCUAAGGUCCGCGCUCGACAUUCUAGUGGCCUUGACGACGAUACCCACCCAACGAGCUCGCACCCCCAACGCCAAGGAGUUCCAAUACCCCCAUGUUAUUAUCACAAACGGGCCAGGAACGGGCUUCAUCGUGGGGCUAAUGGCACACACUCUCAAGGUCCUCUGUCUCGCCCCACAAGAUCGUCUCAGGGUAGUCUUCUUCGAGACAUGGGCAAGAACUCACAACUUGGGGCUCACUGGCAAAUUGUUCUACUGGACUGACAUCCCUGACGUGUUUGUCGUCCAGUCUGAGAAGCUUUCCCAGGUUGUGGGCAAGCCCAACAUUGGCAACGUAAAUCUAAGGUGGGCUCAGAGCCGACGGAAUCACAAGCCCAGCAAAUGA